AUGGCAGAGGCCACGUGGGCUACACACACCAGCGAUGCUCGAGGCAACAUCCUCACCAGGCUGGAUCGACUCUUCUCCAACUUCUGGCAGCAGUUGAAAAGUCGGAAGCUCCAUUCUGCCCCACGGCAAGCGGAGACCUACUUACCUCAGAGAAUCCUUCCCAAGCCUGCAGCUCCACCAGCUCUGAGGGCUGCAAAAUGCCGGAGAGUCAGGCACCGCACUUUACCCAGACACAUGGUGGCUCAGAAGAAACCAUACUCGCUACUUCAAGCUGGAGUGCUACAUCAUUCUGAGGUGCAGUGUCGAACCCCAAAUACAGUGAGAGACCCGACUCACCUACCUGCACGUCGGUAUUACGAUCUGCAGUAUGCCUCCUUAAGCAUAUCACCUCAAGCUACCAGAUCCACCUUACUGGAGCGGAGCCCUGACCUUGCGGCUGCAACGCCCUCCUGCAUCUCACUGAGUGGCUGGCUGCACCAUAUCGCCGAGCUGAUCCCUGCUACCAGGCCGCGUGCCUUGAGAUCUGGAGUUGGUUGA